ACAGCAUGCGACGGCCUUAUAAUAUAGUUCAGUUUUGCUUCCUUGUCUCCUUGGUAUGUGAUAUGAAAUUUCUGUCGUGCCAGCCGUGGGCACUGGCCAGGAAAAAAGGAACAUGCUUCGUCGACAGCCACAUGCGCCCCCCUGAAUAGAAACGUCUUCCGCCUCUUCCAGCUGGGCACCUCUUCACCGUGUCAGCCAUGGCUCCAAGGGAGACGGCAAUGGGCUGAAGGGUCGAGCACGGGGGGCGCCAUGAGAUGUGCUGCCUACGCGUUGAUGCCCAUCCUGGGCUUCUUCGCUGCCUGGAACUGUGCGAAGCUGCCCUUCUACUGGGUCCCUUGGACGGAGGAGGAGUCCGUAGCGGAGGUGCACCGGACCGAGCAGGGUCCGCCAGGAGAAUGAACCCAUGACAAAUGUGACCUUCGACCCAGUCGAGUGCGCGAAGCCGGAGCCCAAUCGACUUCAACACUGCUCUGGGCUGACCACGGAAUACCAUUUGUUUCGCGCCUUCAACGUGACCUCGGAGUAUAAGCUCCAGGCCGCCAAGGACUUGUUCAUUCUUCCGCAUACCGCCAUGGGCAUUUGCUUAGAAGUCUUGUUUAUCUUCGCGCUGGGCAUGGGCAAUCGAGGCUUGUACGAACACAGCAAGAUCAUGCUCCCCAUGGCGGCCCUUUUUGCCAUCCAUAUCAUGCCAGUAGCGCAAGGCAUUCCCGACAGCCUCGCUGGUGUCGCCAUCAACGAGAUCUUGGUAGCGCUCCUGCUCGUGGGGGUUGGGAUGGGAGCGCUGGGCAUGUACCAAGACUUCAAGGCCAAUGAUGGAGAGCCACCAACGCGCCAAAGAGCUGGGAAGCUGCUGUUCUCCUCGUGGAUCCUCAUCGGGGUGCUGGUGAACUUGGCUCCCGUCGGCGAAUGGCUCAUGCUGCUGUCGGCCUGGAACUCGAAGGCUUCGCCGGAUGUGCCACACCCCAACUCUGGCCACGACUUCUACUCCAAGUUGAGUUGUCCAUGGUUGGGCCGUAUCGCCGCGGCCUUUGCGCUGUUCAAUGUCUUUAUGUAUGCCUUCGACGUCUAUGCCGAAGCACAGGGCGCCCGAUGGCGAAGUCCCUUCAGCAGGCACGGGCCGGCACUUUGGCAACUGGCAAGGAUGCCAUAUCCUGAUGUGGAGAGCAAAUUCUACCAGAUGCCCGAGCGUUGGUUGGAAGCCACUGGCGAGUGCUUCGUUUUGUGCAUCGGGGUCUCCUGGUUGGUUACCGCCAUGUUCAACCCAGGCAUCUUCAGAGACAAUAUUCUCCGCAGCAUAGUUGGCUACAACAAUCUCUGCGUCGGCUUUGACAGCCCUCCAGCAAGAUACGUUGCCAUGCCUCUCAUGGUGCUGCAAGCCGUUAUGGCGGCACGCUACAGUUAUUUGGACACCAUCCGCUUGAAAGCCACCCGAGCGUACCUGUCCAACUUCCAGUUUCAGCUGGGAUACUGGGCCAACACCAUCUUCGCGGUGUGGAUGGCUUGCUUCCCCAUGUUGCUGGUCAUCACGGCAGAGUUCGAUAGUUGGACUAGCACGAAGAUCCACCUCUUCCUCUUCAUGGCCACAUUGUUCAUCAUGUGGGCUAUGAUCGCCGGCAAUGUCGUGGAAGCACCGGAGCUUGAGUUGGGGACGAAGGUUUGGUUCGGGCUCUUCACCAUGCACACGUUCCUCCUGCCGGUGGUGGGGGUCAUUGAUGUGUUGAGCUUUCAUCCGGAUUUGAAGCCGGAAGAGAUCCCUUCGAUCCGCCACGAAUUUCCACACCCGCCGAUCCCCUGGCCGGUGGUGGCCUACCUGGACUACGGCUGGUUCCUGUUGCUCAUGUUGACGGUGGUCUUCUUGCCGGAAGCGCCUCCGGUGGAGACCAAGAUGAGAGUGGACAUGAACGUGGCCUAUGGAAAGUCUUACAGCCAGUCCUCGCAAGAAUCGGAGGACGGAUUCUUGCUACCGCAGGACCAGGAGAUUUCAAAUGUAUUGUUUGCGAUGAAGAAGACUAGCGGAGGACAAAGGACGAUUUCCUCCGCUUCAAUUACGCACUAAUUCGAGCGAAAUGACCAAAUGCGUGCAUUGCUUGGAAAA